AUUUUCCAAAAGUAAAAUAUGGUAAUAGAAAUAAUAUCACGAGAUGCUACUUGCGAUCUGAAACAAUUCUCCCCAGCGGCACUCGCUUUCUCUCUAACACCGGUGCUUUCUCUUCCGCCGGCGACACUAUCUCUUCCGGCAGUGGUUUCUAUUACUCACAGAUUGCACUUCCAGUACUCCUCUUCUCUUCAACCUUGCACCCUAUCUCACAACAGGGUAUGGUAAAAACAACUAAAAUCUUACUGUAACGAGGAUUAGUAUCGAUUUGCCUCAUUUGUAUAAACCAUAGAUUUUUUAUUUUUUAUUUUUUAAAUUUGUUAUCUGAUUUCCAUGCAAGAAAAUCCACUGAGGUUGCUAACGUCGGUAACGUUAGGUGAUUCGGAUCUGUAAAAUUCAUGGCUUUCUGUGGAUCGAUAUUUUUUCGGACCGAAUUAACAACUACAAACCCUUGAAUAAUUUGAAUAGCAUCAAACCCUAACAAAAUGUUACCUAAAAGAAAACCACAUUACAGAUUCCCACUCAUUCCGGUAUCCCUUUUUGUGUCUUUCUUCUCCUUUCUUUUUCUUUAUUACUAUUAUUAUUACUCUCAUUCCACUCAAUUACCCCAAACUGUAACAAAAAUAUCAGAUACACUAAAAUGCUCUUCCCAAGCUCUUGCAUUAAGCGAGAAAUUCAUGUGGUAUGCGCCUCACAGUGGAUUCAACAACCAGCUUUUGGAGUUUAAACACGCUGUUUUGAUUGCUGGGAUACUUAAUCGAACUUUGGUUGUUCCUCCUGUUUUGGAUCAUCAUGCUGUUGCUUUAGGUAGCUGUCCUAAGUUUCGGGUUGUGGAACCCAAUGAUAUUCGGAUUUCUGUUUGGGAUCAUGUCAUUGAGCUACUUCAGGGUGGAAGGUAUAUCUCCAUUGCUGAAGUUAUAGAUAUCACAUCUUUAGUUUCUUCUGGUCUUGUUCGAGUCAUUGAUCUUAGGGAUUUUGUGUCGAUAUGGUGUGGCAUCAGCUUAGAUUUGGCUUGUUUUAAUGAUUCGAAGUUACAGUCGUCUGUUUCUAAAAGCCUAAAGCAAUGUGGAUCCCUGCUAGCAGGGUUUCGUGGGAAUAUUGAAAAAUGUAUAUAUGCUAUCAAUGAAGAUUGCAGAACUACAGUGUGGACUUACCAUGUAGAUGGUCAUGAAGAUGGCAUUUUGGAUUCAUUCCAACCCAAUGAUCAGCUGAAGCAGAAAAAGAAAAUAUCUUAUGUUAGGAGACGGAGGGAUGUAUUUAGGGCGCUUGGACCUGGUUCUGAAGUUGAAUCAGCUUCAAUGCUGGCAUUUGGAAGCCUCUUCUCUGCUCCAUACAAAGGUUCUGAGUCAUAUGUUGAUAUUCAUGAAUCUCAUCAGGACCAGAGGUUUUUAUCUUUGAUGGAGAAGAUUAAGUUUCUUCCAUAUGUCCCAGAAGUUAUGAAUGCCGGAAAGGAGUUUGCUAAAGCAACCAUAAACGCUCCAUUUCUCUGUGCACAGCUUAGAUUGCUGGAUGGGCAGUUUAAGAAUCAUCAUAAGGCUACAUUUGAUGGGUUAAGGCAAAAAUUAGAAUCUUUGGUGCAGAAAGGUCCUCUACCCAUACAUAUUUUUGUAAUGACUGAUCUUCCUAGAAAUAAUUGGACUGAUACUUAUUUAGGUGAUUUAACUAGUGAUGCACAUAACUAUGAGGUGCAUUUCUUAAGAGAGGAUGAUCAGCUAGUUAUGCAAGCAGCCAAAAAACUAACCACAGCUGGUUAUGGACAGAGGUUUAUUCCAAAUUCAGUUUCUAGAAUUGGUAAAAAAUAUUGUUCCAAUCAGAGAUUACCUGAUGUACUUCUGUAUGUUGAGCAGGCUGUGUGCAGUUGCGCAUCUCUUGGUUUUAUUGGAACUCCUGGAUCAACCAUUGCUGAAAAUAUAGAACUAAUGAGAAAAUUUGAUUCUUGUUCUAGGUGAAGUUGACAACUUUGUGGAAAAUCAUUUUUAUCGUAUGGCACUAAAUCUUAUUGGAGUGAUGGAAAGGUAGUUCAAUCAGACCAUAAAUUAUUGCACAGGCCAUGUUUUGAAUUAUCUAUUCAUCUUCCAAGUUUUGAUGAUUAGUUGGCCAUGCCAAGCCAUAAUCAUUUGUUAGGAGAAGACACUAUACAGUAGCUGCUAUGGCUGUUUGAUUCCAGAAAAAUGUGUUCUUAUCAAAUGAUUGAAAGUUAUCUUCUUUUGUGUCUGCAA